ACCCUGGUCGACGUUCUAGAGCUAAUCGCCGUUCGUUGUUUAGUAAAUACUCGCGUCGGGAUUUAGCAGAGUCGUGGGACAUAUAAGACUGGUCGCACUAACUCAUCGUCAAGAUGGACGAAGAACUGCUAUUAUUGCAGCAGCAGUUCCAGGCAGCGCAGGAGGUGAAGGCGGCCACGAGGCUGUCGGAGCGGAACGUGGUGGAGCUUGUGACGAAGCUCAGGCAGAUGGGGCUGCUGGGGGACGAUCUGCUGUACUCGCUUAAUGGGAAGGAGUACAUCACGCAGGAGCGCCUGCAGCAGGAGGUGGAGGCGGAGGAGCGCCUGCAGCAGGAGGUGGAGGCGGAGGUGCGGCAACGUGGCAGGGUGUCAUUGGUGGACAUGGGCACGCUGCUCAACGUCGACCUCUUCUACUGCGAACGGGCGGCGAAGACCAUUCUGGAGGACGCCAGCAAGCAGCAGCAGCCCUGGGUUCAACUGGUGCAGGGCGAGCUGAUUACCGGUGACUACUGGGACGGGGUGGCGGAUGAGGUGGAUGCGGCCCUGCAGGAGAGCGGGCAGGUGGCGGUUUCUGACCUGGCCAUGCGCUUCAAUGUCGGUGCAGAGCUCAUGGCCACAGUUCUCAGCGACCGCCUGGGAUCACGGAUCCACGGCACUAUGAGCGGCGGCCAGCUGUUCACAGGAGCACACAUGGCGCGUAUGAAAGCUGCUGUUAGAGGGGCGGCCAGGGCUCUUACCGAGGCUGCUAAUAUGGCGGAUAUCUGGCCCUCUGUGUCUCGCGAGCUGGGGAGGGACUAUGGUAGGGAGUAUGGGGAUGGGAAGGAGGCUAGGAGAGUAGCAGGGGAAGGCGUUUCUGCUGGUGCUGGUACUGCUGGUGGUGCUGCUGCUGGUGCGUCUUCUGGUGUUAUUGCUGCUGGUGGUGCUGCUGCUGGUGCUGAUGUUGAUGCUGGUGAUGCUGCUGGUGCUGCUGGCAUGGAGCCAGUUGUAGGGGUGUCUCAGGCAAUGGAGAAAGAAACAGGCACAUCAGAAGCACAAGUUGUUAAGGGAGAAGGGGCAGGAGGCUUGGGAGGAGCUGGGGCAGGGACAGCAGGACUGCAGAAGCAGAGCGUAGAGGCUUUCUUCUCGCAGAACGCCUUCAUCACCUUUUCCGCUGUGCGCCAAUUGGGCAUCCCCCAGCCGAAGCAGUACCUGCAGUCGCUGUUCCCGGAUAAGGAGAGUGCUCUAUUGCUGGGCUCGACACUUGUCCACUCCUCAUUGGUGCACCAGCUGGACGCUGCCGUGGAAGAGGCGAUAUCAGCAAAAUCCUGGUGUGAUGCAACAACAACCCUCCCUCCGGCUCUCUCCCACUCCGACUGCUCCCAGCUGCUGCAGCUGUGCCCCGUGCUGCAGAGAGCACGCAAAGCCGCUGCCAUUGCUGGUGCUACUGGUGCUGCUGCUGCUGCUGAGGGGCAGGGGUUGGAUGGGGCAGAGGUGUAUGGGGACACGUGUGUCGUAUCCUCGGCUCUCCUACAGUCUAUUUAUCAGCAACUGCAGUCAGUGUUGCAUGAGAAAGCAGUGGCGGCUGCAGCAGCAGCGAGAGCAAGCACUAGGAGUGUGGUAGGGGGAGGGGGAGGAGGGGGUGGGGGAGGAGGGGGAGAUAAGAGUGCAGGAGGGAAGGGAGGAGAGGAUAAAGAGGAGAAACGGGGAGGGAAAGGAGGGGGGAAGGGGGGAGGAAAGAGGGGUGGAGGAAGGGAGGUGGAGGAGGAGGAAGAAGAGGAGGAAACGGGAGGGAAGGGAGGGAAGGGGAGGAAGAAGGGAGGAGGGAAGGGAGGGAGGGGGAAAGGCGGAGGAGGAGGGCGAGGAGGGAAGGGGAGGGAGGAGGGUGAGGUGGAGGGGGAGAGGGGAGGAGCGGAGGGGACGGGCAGAAAAGACGAGGCGAUGCUGACCACGUCUGAGAUGACACGAUUGGUGCUGAAGUGGCAUCCUGAGCUUCUAGAAGCCACUGUUGCUGAUGACGAUGCUGCUGAUGGGUACGGCAGUGAUGGCGACUUGACUGAGGGCGAGGGUUCGGCCGGCCUCGCUCGUCUGCUAGUGGCCGCCCUGAGGCCCGCCCUCGCAGCCUAUUGGGCGGAGGAGAAGCGCCGAGCCGCAGCCUUCACGUCCGGCAGCACCACCGAGGCUCGGCGACAGGUUCGGGAGGCAGUGGAGUCUCGAGUGAAUGGGAUGCUGGGCCAGCUGCUGCUGUAUGCACAUGGAGCAGCGGUCUUCACCUCAGAUGAUGCAAGCACUGCGACCCUCAUUUCCCGCCAUGUUCUCCGAACCUCGGCUGCCGAGCCUGUCGAUCUGCUUCUGCACGCUGUGCUUCUCGACCAUGACAUCAUCACCGCCCAGGAUGACGUCAGCAGCAGCAGCGGCGGGAGUGAGAGUAGGAGGCCAACAGGGGAGCAACAAGAUGGCAAUGGGGCAAAAGCAGCCAGGGAAGGAGGAAGAGAAGGAGGAGGGAUGGGGGGAGAAAAACAGGGUGGGGCCCCAGCAGCAGCAGCAGCAGCAGGGGGUGGAGGAGCAUUAGUUUUCGGCUCGACUCCAAUCCACUACACGCCGGCAAGGAGAGCUGCACUAGCCAAGCUGCUCCCUUUAGGAGGGCCACGGGAGCGAGCGCAGAGGAUGGUUGAGGCGUUAGAGGGGAAGGAGGUGGAGGGGGUGGUUGUUGCCAUGGAGGAAGUUGCUGAGAAAGAUCUCGGGAUCCGGCUCAAGCGCCCGGACAAGAGGGCCGAGCGCUCCCUGCUUUUUUCCCUGAAAAAGAGCCUUCACAUGCAGCUGGAGGCAGAGGAGGACCCUGUAGCAGCGCUGCCCCUGAUUGUGGCUCUGCUAUUCAUGCAGGCGCACAACAAAGCCCUUCAAGCCCCGGGACGUGCCCUCUCCUCCAUCAUAUCGCACCUCAAGCCCUCGCUCUCUCCCGCCGACUUCUCCUCUCUCUCCGCCUUUCACUCUGCCGUUGUCGCGGCCAUUGGCAAGCGUGCAGCUGGUGGGAACGGCCGGGGGGCGGAGGGAGAGGGGGAGGACGGAAAGGAGAGGGUGGAUGUGGUCGCUUCACUCAAGGGACUGAAGGAAUUGGCUCUUGGGAGAGCCAAGGAGGGUAAGGGUGGUAGUGAUGAGUGAGGGGAAGAGUGGUAAAGGAGAGGGGGGGGGAGGGAGGGGAGAGGAUCGCUAAGACUCCCUCCCUCUCUCCGCCUUUCAGUCCGUUGUCUUGGCAAUUGCCAAACGCACAGCAGGGGGUGUAAGGUGCAUGGGGGAGGGGAAAGAGGAGGGGAAGGGCGAGGGAGAGGGAUGUGGAGGGGGGUGUCAACUUAUACAUAUUAGCUAUGUAGAAGUUAUAGGCUAGACUGAGGUAUGCUUCUAGUGA